UUCAACAUAUUACCUCGCGUAGAGCAGCGGAGGUAUCGGAGCCUCUAAGCGCGCUGAAUGCCGGUAUAGAUGCGCGCAGUUUAUCAGGGGGAACUGUUCAGAGUGAAUUAUAAAAAACUCAGUGAACAUAAACUUGAAGUGAAAAAAAUGUUUUUUUUUGAUUAAAUCAGGAUGCGUCUCAUGAUUUCUCAAGUUCAACCUUGGCUCACCCUACUCUGCUAAACUGACUCAUUGGUAGCACUGACCUCGCCUUGAAAUCUGACUCAUCCAACUGCACUUGUGAGUCAUGAUAAUUCUAAGACUCAGAAGUACCAUUCGCCAUUUUUAAAUGGUGGCCUAGAGUGAAGACGACUUUGCAAUGUGGGCUCGAAUAGAUUGUUUGAUUUUCCCAACCAAGUGAAACAAGAAAAAUAGUGCAGAACAGAAUAUAAUUGUUCAAUUAGGAAGAAUAAAAAACAAAUCUGCAAUCAUCAAGGGCGGCAUUUUUGAAAAUUAAAAGAUUGUCGAAAAAUUAGAAUUCCUUAAAGAUAUGAAAAUAUUGGAAGCAGUGGAGUUACGCGCCUCGAGAUACGCAGAUUCAGAUAAUUGCAAUAAUUGAGAAAUCCGCGAGAAUGACAUGGAAACUACUCAGGAGUUUAAUGACUAUGCUGCCCCUUCUCCUACUCCUUGGACCUACCCCGGUCCAACCCCUGGACCUGCAGGGACUUCUACCCCCUAUAGAUCUUCCAGGACUUGUACAGUCCUUUCCCUGGGCAGCUGGACUCCUGCAGUCCAUGCCGAGGGAACUUCUCAACCCCUGGGCCAGAGCACUAAAGGACGAAUUAAAGGACGACGAGUAUCAACCACAGGACGAUUUUCCGUACAAAGAGGACGUUCAGUAUAAUCUAACAACAAUCAGUCCUGACGACGAAACUAUCGACGCCUUAGUCGCUGCUGUCGACAGCGCUGCUCAAUCCAUUGAGGACUUUGUCGCAGGAGGAUCAGCAACCCUUGAGCUGACAAGACCUCCCGAAUCGACCCAGCCCCAAGCAUCGACCGAUUCGACACCAACGCCGAUUAUUCUAAAACCGGUCCCUGACGAUAUUUUUCCGGUUAACGAGUCGCAGUCAUCUGUCGAAUUGACGACAGUCGUCCCUGAACAGACGACUAGUAUAAUGAACUAUGGUGACUACUCUGAUGACUACUCGGUCGAAGAUCCUGACUGGCCGGGAUUUAGUGAUGAGAACUCUGGAGAAGCCUCUGAGGAAGGUUCUGAAGAUUUAUCUGAUGAUUUUGAGGAGGCUGAAGUUGGUGAGAUUGAGCUGAACCCUGAUCUUGAAUACUAUGAUUACCUGGACGGAGUUGAUAUUAUUGAGCCUGGUGAGGAUGAUGAUGAUGAUGAUUAUUAUGAUGAUGAUGAUGACGGUGAUGAUGAAGAACCUGAUCCAGAUUUUGUUGAAGCUGUUUUUGUUGAACCGUCCACGAUUGGAAAACCUGUUCUGAACAGAACGGUUUAUGAUAUGGUAAACUUCUUUGCCGAUAUAGAGACAAGAAUAACGUUUAAUGAGUUGGAAGAAGAUGGAUGUCAGAUAGAGUGCACGAUACAUUCAGAGAAAGGACAUUUGUUUUACGAUGAGACUGGAUCUCUAUUUGAUGUUGCUCUACUGCCGACGAUAUAUUUGGUGCGGGGUCGGACAAACUGCCAUCUUCUAGCAAAUGAAACUGGAGAUAUUGAUGUUAAAUUUAUUGGUGCAAUCAGGGGUCCAGGGGUUGUUGUUGCUGAUAUGUCAAACAUUAUUCGCUAUUCAGAGCUAGAGGGUCGAUGUUUAGCUAUACUUAGAAAAGGGAACACUAUUGUUGACGACCUUUUGGCAGGGUCGACAUCUUCUGUCACAACAACAACAACAACAACAACAACAACAACUACAGCGAUACCUACAACAACCUUUUUAACUCAGGAAGAGGAUAUCGAUCCUAACUUUACAACUCCGCCUACUCCUGAACCAUCCAGACCUUACCCAACUACAACUACUACAACGUCAACAACGUCAACAACUACUACAAUGUCAACAACUUCAACGACUUUGUCAACAUCAACAACGUCUACAACAUCGACGACCUCUUCAACAUCGACGACGUCUACAACAUCGAUGACGUCUACAACAUCGACAACGUCUACAACAUCGACAACUUCUACAACAUCGACAACGUCUACAACAUCAACAACUUCUACAACAUCGACAACGUCUACAACAUCGACAACGUCUACAACAUCGACAACGUCUACAACAUCGACAACGUCUACAACAUCGACAACGUCUACAACAUCAACAACUUCUACAACAUCGACAACGUCUACAACAUCGACAACGUCCACAACAUCGACGACGUCGACAACAUCAACAACGUCAACAACAUCAACGACGUCGACAACAUUGACAACGUCAACAACAACAACUUCAACAACAUCGACUAUGUCGACAACAUCAACAACAACGUCAACAACUCCAAUUACAAUUAUUCCAGAUUCAACUACACUUCACACGACGUGGUGGACAACCGUUGCAUCUAAUCCAAGUUUCACAACACCAGUAAUGACGCCAACAACAACAACAACGACGACUUCAACAACAACAUCUACGACGUCAACAACAUCAACAACAACAUCAACGACAACGUCAACAAUGACAACGACGUUCACAACAACAACGUCUAUUACAACUUCAACAUCAUUAACAACAACUUCAACAACAACAUCAACAACAACAACAUCAACGACGACGUCCAUAACAACGACGUCAACCCCAACAACGUCUACAACGUCAACAACAACUUCAACAACAACAUCUACAACGACGUCAACAACAACAUCAACAACAACAUCAACA